AUGGCUGCAGGAAGACUAGCACUCGUGUUUCUGCUGCUUCUGUCCUUGCGCCUGGGCCUCGGCUGGGACCGUGAUCCUCAAGGGGAUCCAGUGGCAGAAGACAAGAUUUCAUCUGAGGAGAUGACAGACCCUGGAAGAACCUGGAAGCCCCAUCAGGGUAAGAAUUCUUGGGGGUACCUCUUGACUCCCCAGUUCCUUCUCUUAAAGCCUUCAUCUUGCCUCAUAUUCCUGUUCUACCCUGCACUAGGUAACAACCAUGUCCGCCUUCCAAGAGCCCUAGCCGGUCCAUGCCAGCUGUGGAGCCUAACCCUGCCAGUGGCUGAGCUGGGCCUGGGCUACACCUCAGAGGAGAAGGUCAUCUUCCGAUACUGUGCUGGCAGCUGUCCCCGAGAGGCCCAUACACAGCACAGCCUGGUGCUGGCCCGGCUGAGAAGGCAGGGUCGAGCCCAUGGUCAAUCCUGCUGUCAGCCCACCAGCUAUGCUGAUGUGACCUUCCUCGAUGAUCGUCACCGUUGGCAGCAGCUGCCUCAGCUCUCAGCUGCUGCUUGUGGCUGUGGUGGCUGAAGGUGGCCAGCUCCUUGUCUCAGAAUCACAAGCAUGCGGCAACCUGAGUUUUGAAGGAUUCAGGUGACAUUUAUUAGCACCUUGCAUAGGUGAAGACGAGAAGGAAAAGGACCUGGAAUUGGGUAUCAACAAUUAAUGUAAAUAAAUGUCCCAAUGGCCUUAGGAGUGUGUGUG